AUGUUCCGCAAGAUAGAUCUAAUAUCCUUUGCAAUUCUCACCUUUUUCAGUGUUCGUGCACAGGCCGAUCGACAAGAGCAAGUAAUAGAUUAUUUAACCAAUAUCACCCACAAUCUUCAGAUCCAACAUUCUGGAGUAUAUAACUGUUGGCUACUCCAUUUUUCCAACAAAUCUGUACUAUCACUGAUGCUGGACAACAUCGCACAGCGCCUGAGUAAUCAAGAUGUCAGUCUGUUACAAGCGGACCAUCGGGGCCACCAUGUUCCUACAUUACGAGAGCCCAACAUGGUCAUAAUACUAUGGGAAAACCAACAGCAAACAUUUGACAACUUCUACUCCAGCCAAUGGAUAGUGAACAUACCGCCAGAAUGUCCCACCAUUGUCCUGUUUGAGCUCGAUUCAACUGGGACCAUUCCGAUAAGGAACAUUGGAGAGUAUUUCCAAACGAGGUCGGUGUUCUACUUCGUAUUGAUCGCAAUCAACAAGGACGCCGUGUUCUGCUUUCGUUAUCAACCGUUACGCAUCACGAGUCACUCCGGCCUCCCCACGCUCGAUCAACUGUUCUUCGACCGGCUACAGACGAUGCAGUUCAAACUUUUAGUAGCCGGAUACGUUAAGGACUUCUACACAUCCACUUACUGUGAAAAGCUGCACGGUGAGGACACUAUGCUGUUUCUACUCUUUGCUGAAACGCAACAUCUUACACUUCAUUUGCAACAGCUUCAAUGCAACAGCAAUGAAUCUCUGGCCCAGUGUGUAUCGCGGUAUAAUCCGAUACAUUUGAUACUAAAUCGAUUUUUUAUGGCGCAGUACGACAAAUUCGCCGUAAGUGGUGUAGCAAUGGAACAGUUCGCUAUUGCCACGCCGAAGGGACGCUCGCUUACUGUGUGGGAAAUUAUGCUCAAACCUUUUCAGCAUUCUGCCUGGGGCAUGAUACUGGGCAUCCUUUUAACCUACCAGAUAAUCCAUCAACUGAAGCCGACACUUUUCUCCAACAAUCUGCUAGCUUUAGCACUCUUUGGGUUUGAUAAGCGUCAGCUAGUGCUUUCCAAAAGCAUCGAGAAAAUAACCGCCUGUGCAUUGAUCGUGCUAUUUUUCCAACUCAAGUGUGCGUACGAGGCAAAGCUUGUAUCGUACAUCACCGAAGCGCCACGUGUCCCAGACGCCAAGUCGGUUGAAGACUUGCGUGAACACAACAUCACCGUACAUUAUAGAAAAAUCAACAUUACCUAUUUGCAUGAACUGAGCGGCCUGCUAGCAUUCUACGACAAAGAGGUUUACACGUUCGAUGGUAUUACAUUGGUGGAAAAUCGUGCUGCUCUGAUGAUGGAAAAGCUGUUUGCUGAUAAAAUGAAAGGGUACGGAAUGCAAUACACACUACUGAGCGAAAAUGUGUACGAGGCUAUUCCGUUUUAUGUAUUUGGAGCCAAGUCACCGCUGGUAAGGCGCUUUCAAAAAUUUCAACAACGCGUCUUCGAAGCCGGUAUGCAGCAGUGCUGGCGUCGGGAGUAUUACAAUUGCUUUAUCUGGUAUAUUAAUAGCGGUAAACAUCAAUAUGAUAUGUACGAUGGAUCAUCCGCUAUCAUUAGCUAUAGUCAUCUUAAGCCACUGAUGCUGUUUUUCUUAGCUCAAUGGGCAAUUGCAAUAAUCGUUUUUGGGAUCGAGAUAUUGGUGGAAGCAUUAAAACUAUCGCAGAACAAGUAACAAGAAGCAUGACAUGUUACACGCCGCAUCACCAUUGUAGUAAACUUUACAAGAUACAACUUCAUGUACGAUACAGCGUGUAAAACAUUUAAACAUCUACAAAUUGGAAUGCUCUUCGAGAAGCUAAGCCACUGGGCGACUUCGGUUACGUAAUAUGACCUAUUUUGUUGUGUUCUGGAGCUCA